CUGCUUUCGGGGCUUGAGGCAAAUUCGGAAGAUGGCUCCAGCUCUUCUGUUGAAUACCCCCUUAUCCACGAGAGGGGUCACAAGAUCUUCAGCGACUUCCCCUUGUUGAGCGGGGCUGUUGCGAAGGACUUGCGGGGAGUGUUUUUAGGGAAUGAUGGAUCCAGUAUGCCUUGGAGAGCGGGUCUAGGCUCAAAUGGAAACUCUACAGCGCCACACAUAGCGUACAGAAUUAAGAGUACUGGCCGAUCUUUUCAACUUCCCCCGCAGAAGGCAGACCCUCCUUCCACUACGUCUCCCAGAAGCUCAGUCGCCGAUUCUGAUACCGGUGCCAGCUCUACUACACCAUUUGUCCUCCAUUCGCCCAUCUCUCCGUUAACGCCGAGCUCCCCCACAUUUCCAGAUGGCUUGCUUACUCCGCUGUGGGUGACCAAACACCAAGAACUUGUCCCUGCAGCUGUUAUCAACUUCUUCCCAUUAUCCCUGGACCCGAAUAUGAAUUCGUUGCGCGACAAUCAACUCAAAAUCGAGAUCAACAGUCUGAAAAAAGAGUGGACAGAAUCUGGCUACAAAACGCGGUUCUUGACUGUCCUGAUUUCCGAGGAAGGUGACGGAGGAUACGAGGGUGAAAUCGAUGAUCGCGUGGCAGGCAUUCGGCGAGCAACAAAUCUGGAUGAGAAGUCUAUCUUCGUGAUCCCGCCAGACGCCACAUCAUCCGAGCUCAAAGAUUUUGUCAAAUCAUUGUUCUCUCUGCUGCAACCCUCGGUCGUGGAAUACUACCGAGACUUGUCCAAACAUGCUCGGCGCAAGCGGAAUCGGAGUAGCAUCCCUCCGCCAACUGCGCCUCCCACAUCCGGUACAUCUCAAACGCUCUCACUACAAGGAUGGAAUGUACGUUAUGAGUUUAAGCUCGGCAUAUUCGCAGAGUUUCGUCAAGAGAUGGACGCGGCUUGCCGCAGUUACGAAGGCGCGUAUGAAACUUUGUUUGGACAAGAGGUUUUCGAAAACAUCGCAGGCUGGGAUGCUCGUUUCAAUGAUGCGCGUCUGUUGGGUGAUGCCAUUGCGAUUCGAAUCAUCCGCUGUUUGCUUUGGACAGCCCAGACCACUGCGGCGACGCGUUUCUGGGUCGAUCAUAGGAUCCGGACGAAAGACAUAGUCUACCGCAGAGGCAAAGGCAGCAAAAAUUAUGGAUGGGAAGCUUGGGAGGCGCGGUGGUCAAUGGUCAUGGCUCAGCUCAUUCGCCGUGCAGAGAUUUCUCAGAGAGUAUCUGAAACUAAUACCGACCAGGCGUCUGACUUGUCAAUAUUUACCACGCCAGAGAAAUCAGUACCAGCUAGCGAGCGAGUCAACCCGUGGGAGCAAAUGCAUCACGAGGGAUACUGGCUAUACAGCUCAGCCAAGCACUCCGUGGCUCGUCGAGCUCUCGCCAUGCAAAUCCCUAAGGAGGACCGGAUGCCCCCUAGCCAAUCUCCUGCCUCCCAAAAUGCGAACAAGUCUUACUUGUAUGAUACCUAUCUCGCCCCGGAGACUCAUGUGGAAUACCCCGCGUCAGAAGAGCCUGGCUUUGAUCAUUCGGAACUGAUUCUGACCACAUUGAAGUCUGCCCUUGAAGAGUUCUCCAAACGAGACCAGAAACGACAAGUUGAGAGGCUCAGCCUAGAGAUCGCUGAGGAGUACAUUCGUAUUGGCUCGUGGUCUGAAGGAUACCAAGUCUUACAGCCACUGUGGGCGACCCUCAGCUGGCGUCGCUCUGGAUGGUGGGUGCUGAUGGAAAGAUUUGGAUGGGCCUUGAGAGAAUGCGCUCUACAUCUGAGAGAGAGCGAAACUCUAUUGCGGGUCGAUUGGGAGUUGCUCAACAAAGUUUUUACGCCGAACCCUUCAUGGCACUUUGACAUACAUCGAAGCCUCGAGAGCUAUCCCCUCGAGAAACCCAAGCCUUCUGUUGUUCUUCGGGCCGAGGACGUCAUGACAAGUUUGACUGCAUCUGUCGUAUUCGAAAAGUCGGAGGGCAAUGUGGGAGAACCUUUGCAGGCUCAACUAGUCAUUUCUUCAUGCGCUCAGAAGAAAUCAGCUCCGAUCAAGCUCGCCGAGGUGAAGCUUGUUUUCGAGGGGUGUCUUCGCCCAGUGAAAAUUCAAUCCGAUCAUAAUCAAGACUCGGACACGACAACCUACUCUUGCAUCUCGAACAUAUCACUUCGCGAAGCUAGUAGCCUUGGCGAUGCUAGCAUUCAAUCUCCAACUGGAGCUUUGGCAACACUACUCGGAACUGCUGAUUUGACGAUUGGACCUGGUCAGACGAAGGUCUUCAAUCUUACUUGCAUUCCUCGCGAAGCUGGCGAGAGUCUUGUUGCUUCUAUCGCAAUGCUUGUCGAUGGGGAGAACUUCGACCUCGCCUACGUCAUAACCGAGUACGACCUGCAUGAGUCUUAUUGGUGGCAGCAGACGAAGAAGGGCCCUUCUCGCAAAAGAGUCGGCAAGGACCGAGAUACUGGCAGAUGCAAGAUCAUGCCGAAGCCUCCAAAGAUUCGCAUUACGACGCCCAACUUCAAGAAGACUUAUUACACAAAUGAGCGGGUUGCUCUCCAGAUCUGUCUGCAUAACGAAGAGGAUGAAGCUGCUGAUGUGACGGCCGAGAUACGACUUUUCGGUAGCCCUGAGUCCACCACAAAACUGGAAUGGCUUGAUGGGGAUGAAGGAGAAGAGCCUCGGGAAUCGGGAGCAAGCACCCCGACAGAGGGCGCAUCCCACUUUUUGAAGCGGAGCAUCGGUGUCAUGGGACAAUCAUCAAACAAAGAUCUCACCAUUAUGUUGGCCGACACCCAGGAUGCUGCGGAAUACACACUGGAAUUCUCGGCCGUGUAUCACCUUGUGUCUGAUGUUCAGACCCCCAUCAUCAACACUAUGACAGUUGAUCUUUCAUUCGUGCGCCCAUUCGAAGCCAACUAUGAAUUCCUGCCUCGCGUCCACCCUCAACCAUGGCCAAGCUUCUUCUUCGUCGAUGACGACUUGCUAGGCAAAGACCCUGAACCCACACCAGGUGGUUUAGCGCAGCGAUGGUGCCUCAAUUCGAAGGUGGUAUCGUUCGCCCUAGAACCUCUUGUCAUUGAAAGGAUGUCUUUAAAGCUUCUCACCGUAGGCGCUGGUUCAGUGUGCAGUGUUGAGUCCGAAGCCCUCAUCAGCCCAGAGACAUCUCACAUUGCCCCGGAAGAGCUACGGGAGUCGAACUUCCUCCUGGAUGUUCAGAAGAUGACCCUGGGUGAUCGCCUUCCCACUCCUCUCAACUUUGCUUUGCAAAUCGAUUGGCGCCGACGUUCGUCUGAUGACGAGAUUGCCUCCGAUAUAACCACGAGCAUCCUCGAGAUCCCCCGCUUCGUUGUUCCCAUGGGCGAGCCUCGUGUUCUUUGUUCGUCAACUCCGUCCACUACCCUGUCGGGCUUAAUCCAUCUAGAAUACAUUCUGGAGAACCCAUCUACGCAUUUCCUCACAUUCAAUUUGAUGAUGGAAGCUAGCGAGCACUUUGCAUUCAGCGGGCCUAAGUCGACGGUUGUCCAGCUCGUGCCGUUGAGCCGUCAUACAGUACGCUACAAUAUCCUGGCCGCAAAACGUGGGCUUUGGCUUCAACCUCAGCUUGUUAUUGUUGACACCUACUUUAAUAAGACUCUUCGUGUUCUUCCAACCGGAGAAAUGCGUACAGACAAGAAGGGUAUUCUAGUAUGGGUUGACGCGGAGGAUUAA